AUGUUCCGGAUCAACCACAUAUGGCGCAUCAUCUUUCUUGGCACUCCACACUUUGGACAACCUCAUUCUGACAAUGACAAGGACCCGAUACGAGGUCUGAACUUGAGCGCCGAGGCCUUCACACUGCUUCACAGAAGUGCUUCCCAGUUCUUUGAGAUUCUCAAGCAAAUUGAUACAGAAAUACAGGUUCUUUCUGGAUUUCAAACAUCCCCUAAGAAGAAACUUCUAUGGCUUAAGCCUGAGAAAAGACAUUCUAUUAAAAUGAUUGUUGAUCAGUCUCGUGCCCGAAUUGGUUUCAAGAACGAGAUUGUUUCUCCUAUAGACAUGGACCUACCAAAAGUUUUGGACGGAGUUACACCGUCCACAUUUCGAAAUCUGAUAAAUGAAAAUAUUGUCAAGGCAAUUGAAGAUUACCAAAAAUGGGUAGUCACAGCUAGAACUUCAACCCUAGCAUUUCCAGGCGAAGGAAACUCAAGUGUUGCGAUUCGAACUCCAAGUACAAGUACAAGUUCAGGUUUAAUUAGCAGCACAAACGCCAAUUCCGAUGAACGCCAACCACAAAUCAUUCGUACUCCAUUGAUUUACCCGAACAAUUUCCUAAAUCAGCAACCUAGCCACUUCCAGUCGCGUCCCGAGCUGCGAUCUCAGAUUGAAGAUUCUCUGAUUCCUUCCGAUACGCAGUCAUGUACUGGGUCAAGCCUACGUACUUUCAUAAUCACCGGAUUAGGGGGGAUGGGGAAGACGGAACUGGCUCGUGAUUUCGCUAUUACCCAUCAGCACAAGUUCGAAUUAAUCUUAUUCCUAGUGGUAGAUCACAAAGAGAGGAUCUCGCAGCAAUACACUAAUAUAGCCACUCGUCUUGGCCUUGUGAAAAGGGAUACUACAGACGCGGAAGAUGCUAGGGAAAAACUCAAGGCAUGGUUGAGAAAUCCUGUCAGAUACUUGGGUAGUCAGAAUCCCGGCUCCGAAUCUGCCACCGAUGGUGCUGUACCAAUAGGGGAGGGCGAAAACACCAAGGUUAGUUGGUUAUUGAUUUUCGAUAAUGCUGAUACGCCCUUAGUAUUGAAGGACUUCUGGCCUACGAUGGGGCUUGGAUCUGUUUUGGUCACAAGCCGAGAUGCAACGACGGCGACUCACCAUUUCCCUACCUGUAACAGUUUGGUCCUGAAACCACUCGGAGCACAACAGGCCAUCGCUCUUCUAAAAGUGAUAUCUCGAUCCAACAGCGAUACAACAGAAAAUAAUAAUGCAGCAUUGGCAAUCACUCGGCGAUUAGACGGGCUUCCCUUGGCUAUAUACCAAAUCGGGUCGAUUAUCGCAAGGCUCCAUCUUUCUCUGACUGAAUUUGUCCGUGAUUACGUUCAUGCCUUCCAAUACUAUCAACUUUACGACGAACGACCUCGCUUUGUUGAAUCGCCUGACGAAUGUGGAUAUGAGCACAGCAUAGGAUCUGUGUGGGCAUUUGAAGAACUAGAACGUAACGACAAACCAGGAUUGCAACUUCUCAACGUCAUGUCUAUGCUUGAUCCAACUUGUAUACACGAGGAGGUCAUGUUCCAUAGCCUAAAUGACGAAACAAAACCUUCUUAUCCCCAUACGAAAGACGAAUACCACCACGCCGUUGCAAGACUCAUCGAACGGUCUUUAAUACAGAAAGAUUCUGGGGAUGGCAGUGCGUCUCUAUGCCUUCACCGGCUUGUACAAGACGUGGCGAGAGCUCGUAUGGCUAAUAAUAUUACCGAGUUAAUGUCUUCUUUCAAUAUCGCAUGGGGAGCUGUGGCAAAGGUUUUCCCGUAUAGGGAUGAAGAAAUGAAUACCGCAGGGUCAAUAAAGCGCUGGAAAGGUUGCGCUAGCAUGUAUCCGCAUGUAGUGCGUUUGAGCCAAGUGGCGCAAGAGAUACGGGGUACCCAUCCGGACCAAACUUUUCCCCUUGAUUUCUUAAACCUACUCUAUGAGGCAUCAUGGUGGCAAUGUGAAAGAGGAGAUGCCGCUGAAGCAAAACCACUUGCUGAUCUCGGGAGGGAUAUCUGCGACUCACUCUCACCACCGGACCCAAGUAAUACUCGUCCGGGUAUGCGCGAUUCACUUCAAUCUUGCCAAACGAAAUUUUGGGCUUGUCAGAUUAUAAUGGCUUUGAAUAUUGGUGACUCUAAUACCGCUUUUCACUACUCUCUUUUGCGAUACCAAUGGGCAGAGAGAGAACAUAAAUUUCAUGGCAAGAUCAACGGUUUUCUCACAUCCACCUAUAAUACCCUUGGUCAAUCCUACGCUUUGAUCCGUUCUUUUGAUAAGGCAGUUGAAUAUCUGGAAAAAUCUGCGGAGCUGAGAAGAAAGAUGCCUGACUUCCGUGAGGAUUGGCUCUUUUCUCCAUUCUACCAUCUCGGAGUCACGUACUCUUGCAUGGGGCGGUUCGAUGAUGCGGCUAAAUACCUGCAAAAAGCCAUCGCCGACCGUGAAGCUCACCUCGGGCCUAGUGAUCGGGAGUCAAGUCGUACAGGUUCGCUACAUUACGCGCUCGGGAACGUCUACAGUGCUCAAGGCUUCGGUGAUCAAGCUUACGCGGAGCAUCAUAGGGCCUAUAUGCAAUGUCGACAGACAGCUGGAGAGACAGCGCUUGCAACACUGAGGUGCUCGCAAAAGCUUGCGGAACAUUACGAACGGUAUGGGUAUGAUGGCUCGUCACGGUAAUUUUUCUCCACAGUCCACUUUUUUACACCUCCUAAUAAUCAUAGGCAAUAUCUACAACCCAUUCUGGAUUGUUGUGGUGACAGAUCGGAUCGUAAACGUGAAGUAGCACAGGCUGCAUUUCUGCUUUCGCGAAUCUUAGAACGGCAGGGCGACUAUGAGGGAAGCAGGAAACAACGCGAACGGGCAAUAAGUAUCUACUACAGCCUGCGUCCAGGAAACAAGCGAAUGAGCGACUCGCUUACGCUAAGCGAUAUAAAGCAGCUUGUAUACUAUGAUUGUUUGCCUUGAAUUUAAGAGAGGUCAUGUCAUGACGGGAUGAAACAAAUGUCUUCCAAACUGCCUCAAUCUUACAAUUGUCGUGGAUCUCUCACAAGUCGCCC